AUGAUACGUGAAAUAAAAAUUAAAAAUCUUUAUUUUCGAUUUCUGAUAUAUUGAAAAAUAUGAAUCCACAAGGGAAUGAGUUAAACCUUAAUAUUUAUCAACAGUUACUGUUUCAAGAUGGGAAUAAAGAUACUUCCUGUUCUAAAUCCGCCUAUAUCCAACGUAAAUGUUUAGCACAGAUGUUUAAAGCUUCUUGUAAGAGUUUAAAUAACAGUAAUACCUGCUAUUUAUUAGAAUCGAAAUUAAAUAAAUAUUCGGAAACUGUAUUACCAAAUGACAAACAUAUUCUUGAUGAACAACUAUUAAAUCUAGUUUCACCAACUCAACUAUCCAACAAAAACUUCAAAUCAAAUUUGGAUAAGAUAGAUAUAAAAACAUUAAUAAAGCCACUACCUUGUUCUGAAAUAAACAAAAAUUGUUGUCAAAUCUCAGAGACACCUUCUGACAUUGAACUUCAAGAAUUUAUCGACGCUUUUCAAGUUUCAUCACAAAACUCAAAGCUUCAUUCUUCUAACCGUAUACAGUCAGAUUACUUAAAAGAAAAACAGCAAAAUAAACUUGAAGGUAUUAAAUACAGAGAAGCAACAAAUUCUGAAAAUAGGGAUGACCACAGAAAAAUUAAUGAAGAAAAAAGUUAUUUAAAUUGUUUUAAAACAGCUAGAGAUGAAUUACAGUUACAAAAUAUAAAAAAAUAUGGAAAUCCAGGUGCUCUACAAAAUAUGCCAGUAAAUAGUCUAACAGGACAGAAAAAGAAACUUGGCACCAGGAGAAAUAUUAAUAGCAAAUUCAUUUCACCUUUAUUAUCUAAUAAUGACAGUUCUGAGGAAAUGAAAAAUGAUGAGUGGCCUCUAGACGUAGAUAAUCGUUUAAAAAACAUUGAACCUAAAAUGAUCGAACUUAUUAAAUCAGAAAUAAUGGACUGUGGACCAAAUAUACAUUGGAAUGACAUAGCAGGUUUAACUUUUGCUAAAAUGGCCAUACAAGAAGCAGUUGUAUGGCCUAUGUUAAGGCCUGAUAUUUUCACAGGUCUUCGAAGACCUCCAAAAGGAAUACUGCUGUUUGGACCACCAGGAACUGGAAAAACAUUAAUAGGUAAAUGUGUAGCUUCACAAAGUAAAUCAACUUUCUUUAGUAUAAGUGCGUCUUCACUGACUUCAAAAUGGAUUGGAGAUGGAGAAAAAAUGGUUAGAGUUUUAUUUACAGUGGCUCGUGUUCAUCAACCAGCAGUUAUAUUUAUUGAUGAAAUAGAUUCCCUGCUUUCACAAAGAAGUGACACGGAGCAUGAAUCUUCUCGUAGAAUUAAAACUGAAUUUCUAGUACAAUUAGAUGGUGCCACUACAGAUAGUGAUGAAAGAAUUCUCGUUAUUGGGGCAACUAACCGACCUCAAGAAUUGGAUGAGGCUGCUAGGAGGCGUUUUGUUAAAAGAUUAUACAUUCCAUUACCUGAAUACGAGGGACGUUUACACUUAGUAAAGAAACUUAUACUAAAUGAAAAACAUUGCCUGACUGAGGAGCAUUUUAAAGAAAUUGCUAAUCUUUCUGAUGGUUAUUCCGGAGCAGAUAUUAAGAAUUUGUGUUCAGAGGCAUCAUUAGGUCCUAUAAGGUCUAUAGAUAUUAGUUUAAUUGAAAAAAUACAAUCUACUGAGGUUCGUCCAUUAAUGAUGGAUGAUUUUGAAAAGGCAUUUGGUAGAGUGAAAUCAACUGUUUCUCCCAAAGAUUUGGAGCAGUAUAUAUCUUGGGAUAAAACUUUUGGAUCAGGCUGUGGAUCUUAAGUUUCAAUUUUUCACAUACAAAAAAAUGUAUUUUAAGGAAUACAUUUUUUGUCAAAUAUUGUUUUAAAAAUGUAAUAAAUGUUCGG